AUGAUUGAUACAGUUCACCUGGUAUUCACUGGUCCUAGUGGUUCUGGAAAGUCCACAAUCAUAAGCCAUAUUUUAUCCAAGUUUCCAUUUAAAUUUUCGGUGUCUCAUACAACCAGGGCACCUAGAAAAGGAGAAGUAAACGGAAAGGAUUAUCAUUUUGUAUCAACGAAGGAGUUUGAGGAGAUGGUGAGGAACCAAGAAUUUCUUGAGUAUGUUCAGUACAAUGGAAACUAUUAUGGAACAGGGGUAUCUCAGCUGAAAAACUCUCAAAAGACUGUACUUUUGGAUUUGGAAUAUGAAGGUGUCUUGUACUGCAAGAAGAACUAUCCUAAUUUUGUUAUUCUAUACAUUCAUUGUGAUAAGAAUGUUGCACGCGAAAGGUUAGAAAAGAGAAUGGGGAAUAAGUCCGAAAAGGAUAUAGAAGCACGGAUGAGCUUGUAUGAAGCAUUUAAUUCGAUCAAGGACAAAUGUGACUAUGUCAUUGAUAAUACACAUUCUCUUGAGAAGUCUAAGGGAGAAGUCGAGGAGAUUAUAUCCAAGACAGUCAGGUUCUAA